AUGUCUGCGUAUAACUUCCAACAGUACGGAUAUUACAACUAUGGAGUGGCAGGAGAUGCCAACGGUGGCCCGAGCUAUCCCUAUCAGGGGUAUCAACCCGCUGCGCCGGUAGCUCCUCCGCCCCUCGUCUUCUGCAGAUGGGGACAGUGCAAUGUCCCGCUCGACGACGUCAGCGGCCCGGGCAUCAAACGUCACCUUCAGCAGUACCACGCCGCCGACAUGCCGCCGAGGAGCGCCUCUGGGCAGCCACUGGGGAGCUCAGAGUGUCGGUGGAACGAGGGUCACGGUGCGGGCACCUGCCAGACAGAGUGCCGGAGUGCCGUCGCACACGGGAGACACAUCUCGACGGUGCACCUCGGGCACGGCAGGAAGAUCUGCCAGUACUGCCGCAAGAACUUCAGUCGGAAGGACGCGUUGAAGCGGCACCAAGAGCAGUACUGCCCUGUUUUGCAGGGUCUUUCGAGCAGACCGCGCAAGUUCGUCCAGGAGACGGCUGCUGCGCAAGGGAGCCCUCGAUGAUCACUCUCGCAUGCUCAUAGACCACGCAAACGGCCGUGGCUCGGCACGCACUUCCAUACAUUAAAUUAUUCCUAUCUCACAUCGCUUGAUGACCUAUCCUACCCUCCACAUCGUACACCCAACAUUCAUUUCACAAUACCCACUUUUUAAUCGUCGACAAUUUGCUGUAUACCUCUAUGAACCCUAUGUAGCCUUGCAUCUGUACAUUAUGACACUUUUUACUGUACGUUCCCAACAUUUAUCCCCGACAGAUCGGGAGUUUGUUCUAUUGCCAUGCUGGUGUGUCGCGCGCGAAAGGCUGCAGGUCGUCCACAUCUCACAGCUUGAGAUGUCAUAGUCUUCCUUGGACCACUGGUAUGUCGUUCGUUCCGGGACAUGUACUGCGAACCCC